AGCGUGUACCGGCGUUUUGUUUACCAACAACUUUCCCCUCUGGAUGCGCUCUGCAUGCGAACCAUGUCGGUUCCAUCGGAUAGCGGCCAUCGGCACCAGCAGUGGUCUCCGUAUGUUCGCAAAGUGUACGAUCCGAUAAAGGUGGGAUCAAUUGAUGGAACCGAUGAGUUUCCGCACGAUCGAGCGCUAGUUCGGGCAAUGAACAGCAGCUACAAACCGAACCGGAAGGUGGUCGGUGACCCAUAUCAUACGGCGUUUGUGGGUCGUCUUGAGCACACAGUAACCGAGGAAAGGCUGCGGGCGCUUUUCGAGAGGAUCGGGACGGUGGUCCGUUGCCGGUUGGUUAAAGAUAUUGUCACGGGGCUGUCUCGGGGAUACGGCUUCGUUGAAUUCAGCCGCCGGAAAUAUGUCGAGAGGGCGAUUCAGGAGCUGAAUGGACGGACUGUUGAUGGGAAAGAUAUUCUGGUAGACGAAGAGUGGGAACGACGGCUUAAAGAUUGGAAACCCCGACGGCUCGGUGGAGGUUUCGGUGGUAGGAAACAAAGUCAACAGUUACGAUUCGGAUGUAAAGAGCUACCGUGGAGGAAACCUUCAAUUGUGGGAGAGAAAUAUUACAGCAAGAACGAUUAUUACAGAAAGACCAGUCAACAUAGGAAGUUUCUCAACAAGAUUGACCACACCGAAGGUUCGUAGUUGGUUUUCUAUUUAUGGAAAAUGCUACACAAUAAGGUAAAUAAGACUGCAACGAAUAUAUUUUAAUAAAAUGAUCAAUUCCUAGGAGACUUUUUUUUAA